AUGAAUUUUUUAAAGAAACAAACAGUACUAUUUCUUGAUGAAUUUGAGAGAUCAGAGUUAUUUCCUACUAAUAUAGCUCUCUCAUCUGAGAGGGUAUUUUAUAAUGUUGAAGAUGGAGUUAAUUCUGAAGAAAAACAAUCAUAUUUGAAUGUUUUAACAAAAAGUCAUAAAAAGUUCAGAAGAAAGAGAAAAAAAGUUUUAUCGUUUUUUAAGGAUGAAAAAGAAGUUUGGAGCUCUCAAGAACUGACAAAACUUCGAAUAUUACAAAAAUUCAUAAAAACAGUAGAUUCUGAGCGUUUUUCACAAUUAUCGAAGCUUUUAUUAAAUAAUAAGAGUACAGAAGAGGUUAAUAAGCGUUUAUCUGAUGAUAAAAUGUCAAAUUGUUUGAAUAAACCAGUUUCUGCGCUACAAAAGCUGAUAGAAUAUGAAAAUAUGCUUGAUUCUCAAGAUGUUUGUGAGAAAAAAGAUAAUAUAGAUAGAGUUUUAGGAUUAGUGAAUCAUUUUGAACCAGGAAAUACGCUUAAAACUAGUGAAAUGGACAUUGUUUUGGGUUUAACUAAAAAUAAUAUAGAAAAUAAAAAAAAUAUUAUGGAUUGCGUUUUAGGAUUAAAUAAGACAAAAACAAUGAAAUAAGAGACAUGUUUUAGUCUAUUUGAAAGAUUGGUUAUUUUCUUUGUUUAAGAUUUUUAUUAUUAUAUUAAGGAUUAAGUUAUAAUAAAAUUCUAUAUGAAUUUUAUUAAUUGUAUCAAGAUAUAUUGGUUUUUAUAUAAAAUA